AUGAGCCUGGACAUCCAUUACGAGCAGCUGAGUGACGCGCGGUGGGUGGAGCUGCUGCCCCUGAUCCAGCAAGUCCAGGUCAUCAGGCUGGAAGACUGUGACCUCACGGAGGUCCACUGUAAGGACAUCGGCCCUGCCCUCCAGGCCAACCCUGCGCUGACAGAGCUCAAUCUACGCUCCAACGAGCUGGGCGAUGCUGGUGUGCGCUGCGUGCUGCAGGGCCUGCGUGGCGCUGCCCACAAGCUCCGCAAGCUGAGCCUCCAAAACUGUGCCCUGACGGCCGCCAGCUGUGCAGAGCUGUCCAACGCGCUGCACUCACUGCCUGCCCUGCUGGAGCUGCACCUCAGCGACAACUCCGUGGGUGACGAAGGGCUGCGUCUGCUCUGCGAGGGGCUCCGGGACCCCCAGUGCCACCUCGAGAGGGUGCAGCUGGAGUAUUGCAACCUGAGUGCCGCCGGCUGCGAGCCGCUGGCCGCCGCGCUGCAGGCCCGAGCCGGCCUUCGGGAGCUGGUGCUGAGCAACAACGAGCUGGGCGAGGUUGGCGUCCGGGUGCUGUGCCGCGGGCUGCUGGGCGCCGCCUGCUGCCUGGAGAUACUCAAGCUGUCGAGCUGUGGGGUCACAGCAGCCAACUGCCAGGACCUGUGCAGCCUCGUGGCCGCCAAGGACUCGCUGCGGGAGCUGGACCUGGGCGAUAGCAAGCUGGGUGAUGCUGGCGUGGCCACCCUGUGUCCCGGGCUGCUCAGCCCUAGCUCCAGGCUCAAGACCCUGUGGCUUUGGGAGUGUGACAUCUCUGCUGAGGGCUGCAGGGAGCUCAGCCACGUCCUGCGGGCCAAGGAGAGCCUGAAGGAGCUUAGCCUGGCGGGCAACGAGCUGGGGGACCGGGGCGCGCAACUGCUGUGCGAGGCCCUGCGGGAGCCGGGCUGCCGGCUGGAGUCAUUGUGGGUGAAGUCGUGCGGCUUCACAGAUGCCUGCUGCCCGAACUUCAGCUCCAUGCUGGCGCAGAACAAGUCCCUCCUAGAGCUGCAGAUGAGCACCAACCGGCUGGGAGAUGCAGGCGUGCGGCAGCUCUGCCAGGCCCUGGGCCAGCCGGGGGCCACCCUGCGCAUGCUUUGGCUGGGGGACUGUGACGUGACAGAUGACGGCUGCAGCGCCCUCGCCUCGCUGCUGCUCUCCAACCGCAGCCUACGUGAGCUGGACCUCAGCAACAACUGCAUGGGUGACCCGGGUGUCCUGAAGCUGGCGGACAGCCUCAGGCAGCCGGACUGUGCCCUGGAGCAGCUGGUCCUGUAUGACAUCUACCUGACCGAGGAGGUGGACGACCACCUGAAGACCCUGGAGGACAGCAAGCCUUCCCUGAGGAUCAUCUCCUGA